AUGCUUUCCGUGACUAGGAAACAUGCCAAUAGGCCAACCCAGAUAUUGGUUCGUACACUGUUCUCUCCGCCGACGCGUGGUAGGCAGAGUCUUGUCAUCCUGGGUUCCGGUUGGGGUGGAUACGAGGUCUUGAGGGGAGUCGACAAGAAGAAUUGGAAUGUCACCAUUAUUUCUCCAAACACGUACUUCAAUUUUACCCCUCUUCUGGCGAGCGCGGCGGUAGGGACCUUGGAAUUCAGAUGUACAGUUGAACCUGUUCGCAGAUAUACACCUAAAGUGUCGUACUAUCAAGCUUGGUGCGACAACAUCGGUAAUGCCAACCUUCAGAUUUACCACCAUUUCAAGCACAAGACCCUCACAUGUGUCGCGGCAACGCCUCCGGUCUCUUUUGGAUCCUCGCCCCCAGCCACACCCCAGCCAUUCUCCAUCAAAUAUGAUAAACUGGUAAUAGCCGUCGGUGCCUAUCGCCAGACGUUCGGGAUUCCAGGAGUCAAAGAACACGCACAUUUCCUGAAAGAUGUCAAAGACGCGCGCAAGAUUAGGACACGGAUCCUUGAAUGUCUUGAACAAGCGAAUCAACCGGAUAUGACCGAUGCAGAGCGCCGGAAGCUACUGAAUUUCUGUGUUGUUGGCGGCGGACCUACUGGCGUCGAGUUCGCAGCCGAAUUACAUGAUCUGUUACAUACAGAUAUUGCCCAACAUCACCCGGAACUCGCAAAGAUGGCUCGAAUUAAUCUAUAUGAUGUUGCGGACAGUAUCUUGGGUACAUUCGACAGGAGUCUUGUGAGGUAUACUGAAAACACAUUACGGCGCGACGGUAUCAACCUUCAUCUCAGGCACCACGUUGAGAAGGUUGAGAAUGGCAAACUGUUCAUAAAAGAGGUUGGAGAAGUGCCUUUCGGACUCCUUGUCUGGAGUACUGGGCUUGCACCCAAUCCUCUUAUCAGUGCUAUCACUGAACUGAAGAAACGAGACACUACUAGCAGAGUGCUCACAGAUGCAUACCUCAAUGCCCUGAACGUGGAUGGAACGCCCAAUCCUGACGUAUGGGCCAUUGGAGAUGCUGCCUCAAUAGAGUCCGACCCUCUGCCCGCAACUGCUCAGGUCGCAAAUCAGAAAGCUAAAUAUGUUACCAAGACCCUCAACAAACUCGCUAACUUCAGCCAUUCACAUGAAGAUGACGAACAAUCGAAGAACGCCCAUGUUGAUGAACCCUUCCAAUUUAGGAACCGAGGCAGUCUUGCGUAUAUUGGCGGAUGGCGAGCCAUUUAUGACCGGUCGAAAGCCGCUGGUGACGGCGAGAACACAUUUAUGAACAAAGAAUCAGGUCGUGUAGCAUGGUUACUAUGGCGCUCUGCGUACUUCACGCAAACAUUAAGUUGGAGAAAUAAAAUCUUGGUUCCUACAUACUGGUUCUUGAACUGGAUAUUCGGGCGAGACUUGACGAGAUUUUAA